AUGUCUCAGAACUCAUAUCCGACGGAGACGCCUCCACCUCCGACUCCAGCUUUUCUCAAACUUACCUUCCCUGCACCACGAGUCGUCCUAAUUCGCAUGGACAGGCCAAAGGAUCUCAACGCCAUGUCCACAGCCGCCCAGUGGGAGAUGGAUUCUGUUUGGAAGUGGUUUGACGAAGAACCAAACCUCUCAGUAGCCAUCAUUACCGGAACUGGCCGAGCCUUUUCUGCCGGUGCCGAUUUGAAGGAGUGGAACAACUCAAUGUCAGACGAUGCGGACCCGAGCAAGCGGAUGGGAAAUGCCCCAGCCUUCAAGCCUCUGAGCCGGCGCCUAGGGAAGAAGCCUGUCAUUGCGGCAGUGAAUGGCCUCGCUAUGGGCGGUGGAUGUGAGUUUAUUGUCAACUGCGACCUCGUCGUCGCAGCCGACGACGCAUAUUUUGGCCUCCCAGAAGUUCGGCGUGGAAUCGCGGCCAUUGGUGGAGCACUCCCUCGAUUAAUACGGACAAUUGGCUUACAGAGGGCAUCUGAGUUCGCUCUUACUGGACGAAAUGUUUCUGCGCAAGAGAUGCUUCAGUGGGGUGUUGUCAACAAGGUGGUCCCCAAAGAGGAGGUCGUCCAGGAAGCAGUUAAAUUUGCGGAAAUGAUUGCAAAGAACAGCCCAGAUGCCAUUAUCUGCACACGAGCGGGCCUCCGUCAAGGAUGGGAGACGGCAUCAGUGGAAAGAGCCGUGGAAUGGACGCUCGAGAAGGAGUUUGCGGAGCUUCAGAAAGGAGAAAAUAUUCUAGAGGGUCUAAAGGCGUUCUCGGAGAAGAGGGAACCGAGAUGGAAAGGAAGUCGGCUGUGA